GGGCAAAUAGGAACGCUGCUCUAGGACUUGGAGAUAGCGACAACAGAACAUUUCCAGAUCAGGUUAUCAUUCCUCGUAAACAUGAUCCCAACUUGCAUGACAAAACUUUGGAAGUUCGUUUUUCACCAAUUCAAGUUCGUCAGAUCUCCAUGUCCAGGCUUCACACAGUCGUGGUUACCUCUGAAAGCCAAGACAAUUUACGAUUAUGUGGGUUCGGAAGCGGAGGACGCCUAGGACCAAGUCAACAUACGCAAUACGGUCUGAUGACUCUUCCAGAAUUCUCACACAACGUCGUGUCAGUAGCACUGGGACAAGAUCACACUCUGGCUCUGACGAAGAGCUGGGAAGUACUGAGCUGGGGCCUUAAUCGCUUUUCUCAGCUUGGAUAUGUAGUUGAUCAGUCUCCCAUGUCUGUCGGACGGCGGGAAGAGCCU